AUGCUUCCAUUAAUUGGAAAAACAAUCAUCUUUGAUAACUUUCCUGAUCCUUCUGAUACAUGGGAAAUCACCGAAACAAUUGGCAAAGGAACUUACGGGAAAGUUUUUAAAGUGUUGAAUAAGAAAAACGGCCAAAAAGCAGCAGUCAAAAUUCUGGAUCCGAUUCAUGAUAUUGAUGAAGAGAUUGAAGCAGAGUAUAAUAUCUUAAAAACUCUUUCUGAUCAUCCUAAUGUGGUCAAAUUCUAUGGGAUGUACUUCAAGAAGGAUAAAAUAAAUGGAGAUAAGCUUUGGUUGGUUCUUGAGCUGUGCAAUGGAGGAUCAGUGACUGAUCUUGUGAAAGGAUUUCUGAAAAAGGGGAAAAGAAUGAAUGAGUCCUUAAUUGCCUAUAUUUUACGUGAAGCACUAAUGGGACUUCAACAUUUGCAUAACAACAAAACCAUCCAUCGUGAUGUAAAAGGAAAUAACAUCCUGUUGACCACAGAAGGCGGAGUUAAACUUGUAGAUUUUG